CAAAGAGCAUUAAUGGUGGCAAAAACAAAAAGACAGAACCCCAAGGAUUCAAAUCAGGGCCAUUCAUAAUUACUUAACUUUCCUUCCUUGUUUCCUCCAAACUCCAAAUCAAUGGCAAAAAUCUGCAGAAGCCGAAUUGCGAAUCGGGAAAAAGGGUCCUAUUGAGUUAACUAAUCUUCUUGGCGCGUAAAAGGGACAAUCUUGGUGCCAUUUCUACCUCUCCUUCCAGCCAUGGCAAUGACGAUUUCUUCCGGCAUUCCUCAAACCGCUCCUGCUGUUCCUUUGAUGCUUUCUAGAGACCAACUGUUUCAUCUUUUCAAUCGCUUCUCUCUCCUCACUUCUCUCUCUGAUGUGAAGAAACGGAUUGCCCAUGCUGUUAGGGAUGAUAAACAGGAAGCUGUUGCUGUGACAACAGCAAUUCAGGAGGAGAUUUUUUCUGAAAUGGGGAUUGACGCCGGAUUUGGUAUAUCCUGUCUAGGGAAAGUGAGUUCAUUUUACGAGAAUGAUCACGAGCUGAUGGUUCAUUUCUACAAAUUUGUCGCUGUGGAAGAGAUGGCUUGUGAUGAAGCAGAGCUUGAACCAGAUGAGUUUGCUGAAAAAAUGCAUAAUCAACAACUACUACAUGAAAAGCAACUGGAGAUGCUGAAACAUAUGCGCAAGCUACACUCUGAUGAUCAAUCCCUCAUUCUCGAGAAGUUGCACCAGCAGCUGGAGAGUGCAGAAUUUGAUAGUUCGGCAUCGAUUAUGUCAUCAGAAGAUAUUCAAGAGAUUGUUCAAAGGAAGAGUCUCUCUGUUUAGUCAUUGACAAAAAAAUGAUAUGCUACAUGAAACAUCUACUAUACAAAAAUGUCGUGCAUUCAAGCGCACGACUGCACCUUACUGAAAAAAAUCUUGGCUUCCUUGGCCAUGUCUAAGUUAAAUAGUUUAA